AUGACAGACGCCAGCAUUGUCGAGAAGGGGGUUCGCGUCGACAACUCGUCGGUGUCUCCAGCAGGCUCAACAUCCGAGCAUGGCUUUGAUCGCGCUGCAGAGAGGCGACUUAUUCGCAAGCUCGACCUUCGAAUUCUGCCAGUGCUGUGGAUACUUUACUUGGUUAACUUCAUCGACCGAGCCAACAUAGGGAAUGCAAAGAUCCAGGGCAUGGAGACAGAGCUGAACCUCAUUGGCCAGAGGUUCAACAUCGCCGUGUGGGUUUUUAACCUGGGUUACCUCGUCGCUGGCAUCCCGUUGCAAAUCGCCUUCAAGAAGUAUGGGCCCAAGAGUCUUUGCGUAAUGAUGUUCUGCUGGGGCAUCACCGUGAUCGGAUGCGGACUCGUGAAGCGAUGGGAGGAGCUCGUUGUCUGCCGUCUGCUGGAAGGCAUCGCCGAGUCGGCCUACAUCUCGGGAGCGGCAUACUUGAUCGGCGCGUAUUAUUCGAAGCGCGAGUACUUGACGCGCUACGUCUUUUUUUGCACCGCAGGUAUUGUUGCGGGCGCAAUCAACGGGUUCGUUUCCUCGUUAAUCGCUCGCAUGGACGGUACAGCCGGGAUCUUCAUCAUCGAAGGUUGUGUGACUAUCUUCGUCAGCAUAGCCUGUUGGCCGAUCGUUCCCCCAUUUCCCGAGCAAUGCAAGUUUCUGUCUCCCGACGAGAAGGCGCUGAUGCUAGCUCGCAUAAAAGCUGAUGGGGGUCAUGUUGCCGACGACGAGAUAUCGUUCAAGAAGGCGUUACAUUUCCUCAAAGACUGGAAGAUCUGGACUGGCGUUUUGAUGAACAUCGGAGUGACUGAGAACGCAAACUCUCUCGCGAACUUCCAACCGACCAUCCUAAAGGGCCUUGGCUAUACCGCGACGCAAGCGCAGGUCCACACGAUCCCUGUGUAUCUUGUCGGCGCCGCCUUCUCGGUCAUCUUCGCGUACAUGAGCGAGUGGCUGCAGCGUCGGUAUCUGUUUUACGUCCUAGGUUGGGCAGUUCUCGCGACAGGUCUCAUCGUGGAGAUUGUGCACCCGUCCAACCCGGCCGUGCGGUAUUGCGGCAUGUUUUUUAUUGCCAGUGGAUGCUAUCUCGCGAUGCCGAUCUCGAUUAUCUGGGUCUCGAUGAACUGCGGUUCUGGGUACAAGCGGGCCGUGGCUAUUGCUGCAAUUAUCAACUUCGGUACUGCAGGGGCCUUUAUUAGCUCUAACGUUUUUCUGUUUAAAGAGGCGCCGGUGUUUCGUACUGGGUUUAGUACGGGUCUCGGACUGGCUUGUAUCGGUGUUGUUGCUGCGACGGUAACAUUCUUUGGUUGCAAGAGGGAGAACAAGAAGCGCGAUGAGGCAAGGUUGCAGAUGCCGGAGGUUCUUGACCAGAGUACGAAGGCGCUGGGCGACGAUCAUCCCGACUUCCGCUUCGCGUUGUAG